AUGGAUAUUAUUAAAGAUGAUGGUGCAUUAUGUAAAUCAAAAAUAAUAGUUAAAGAGAUUACAGCAAAGAAGAAGAAUACAAAUACAAAGAAAACAACAUCGACCACUACUACUACGACUACAACAAAUGAACAACAAGAAGAUACACAAUUAGAAACUAUUAUACAUCAUAUCAACCAGCAUCCAUUCAAUCAAUCUGUUCAUGUAGUUGUACCAGUUCAACCUGAUGCAUCAUCAUCGGCAUCAUCUACAACAACAUCAAAAGCUACAUUAUUGAGUUCAAUGUCAAAAUCAAAGAGUAAAUUGGAAGAUACUAUUGCAACUCAUUUCCUUCAAAGAGCAACAUCCUCAUCCUCAUCCUCUUCAUCUUCAUCAUCAACAAAUGAUCUGUUGGUUCAAAUUCAAGUAUCAUUACACCAAUUGAUCAAUUAUCAAUUUGUAACCAAUUGUAUUGUUAAAGGAGAAUUUAUUGGAUUAUCACAACUAAGUGGAUUGGAUAGUGGAAAUGUAGUAGCCUUUUUGGCAAAUGGAACGGUUGUAUUAAAUGUAAAUAAGGAGACGUAUGAAGUAUUGGGAUUGACAGGAAAGCAUUCAGCAUUUAACAAGGGUCAACGAUUCAUAAUCACAAUCAAUCUGAUGGAAAAGAAGUACUCGACCGAGGAUGGAUACAAAAGAUUGAAUUGGUGUUUUAACCAACGUAUUGGAGACAUCAAUCUAUUGUGUAGAAUGUCAACAAAUGCAUUUGAAAGAUUGAAAUCACUGCCACACAAGGUAUUGGCCAAUGACAUUGAUUUUAGCUUUGACAGUAUUCACUUGCCAUUGGAUAUAAAAGACGUUACACAGAUCAUCGAUAAACAAGAACAACAGGAAUUGGUAAUGGCAUUGAACGAGGUGAUUGGUACUUGUAUAUGUGGAGUGGUCACUCCAUUCAACGUUGACUUUGUAUUGGCUGGUCAAAAAAAGAAAUCAAAAGAUAAUGGAUCUUCAGAGAGUCAAUUUGAUAGUUAUUCAUUUAUUAGUAGUCCAGAGAUUGACAACAACAACAACAACAAUAAUAAUAAUAAUAGUGUCUCGCAUAGUAGUCAAACAUUCAUUUCAUUUAAAAAGGGAAUGAUUUUGCCAAGUGAGAUUGUGCCAUUGGCCAAAGAGUGUAGACAAUUGGUUGCAACUGGAAGUGCUCCGUGGGCAGCCGUACAUGUUUCCGGGUUUGCAGAUUCACCCAUAUCCUGGGGUCUAAACGAACAUGCCUAUGGACUAUCAGGUGAAAAUGACUAUACUUUAGUCUUUCAAAAAAAUAACAAGUGUUGUUUACAUUUUAUUUUAAAUUCUUCUGAUACCUUUUCCUAA